GAACCGCUGACCUUAUGAUCGGCAAGCCCUAGGCUCUGUGGUUUAACCCACAGCGCCACCCGCGUCCCUACUCCACAAACACUUACGCCAUCCUAAAUGGUGGUUGUUUCAGGUGCCACACGACUCCUGGUUGUUACAAUUGCCUGACUGCACCACUUAACAGAAUUUACUGAAGAGGAGUGGCAGCGGUCAAGGAUGGAACAGGGGCACCUGGGGCCAUCUGGUGCGGAUGACGGUCGGCCUCUGGAAGGAGACAGAAAGGGCACAUUCACUGCAGGAGCAAGGUUUCAGGAAACCAGCCUUGGGAACAGGCUGGAAGCGGGCAUGGAAAUUCCCACACAGAGCUUCUCCUGGCUGGGCGUGUUUAUGUUUUUCUUUCCUCAGCCGGUCCAGGCACAGAGAGGGACACAAACUGUUGGAAGCCUCUUUGCUGUUGCAGCUUCAAAUUCCAGUUUAGGGGCCCUUAGGGCGCCCUCUUUUUCCCCCCUAGAAAUGUUGGUGAAAGAAGUGGUCAUGAUGAUGCUUUCUGCUCACUCCUUUUCUUCUUUUGUAAAGCAGGACAUCCUUUCUCCUCGUGAUUUGAUGUGGAAUGCAGAGACGGAGAGGGAGCUUGCAUUCCUCACAUACGUGUUCGCUUGGCAGAAAUAUACCCUUUUUUAAUGCAACAUUUUUUUAAUUCAAGCCUGGUGUAUAUUAUAGCAUCUUGCAAGGGGAUCAAGGGCAUGCUUUAUUAUUGUGCUAGUGUUUGUGACGGUGUUUCUGUUUUUUUAAACCUCAGUUUUAUAUUUGCAUUAGCGGGGUUUUUAGGCUGCCGUCCUAAACCCACUCACUUGGGGGAAUAAGGCCUAUUAAACGUUCCGGGACUCUUUCGUAAGCUUGCUCUCGGGUCGUGCCAUUACCUGCCUUGGAUCUUGUAAACGAGAGGCAGGAUAUCGGUGUUUCGAUGAGCAAACACACUUGCACUUUGAACAUUAAGAGGCUACAUUGGGGAGGAAGAGGGGGCCAGCUGCUUAGUGUACAAAACAUGGCGAACCUACCAGACCUGCAAGUAUCUGAUGACCCUGGCUUUGCAGACUCCCCAGGAAGCUGGCUGGACUCGACGAGCAGCCAGGAGUGAGUGGCGUGCGAUUUGUCUUAGUGAGUCACCGUCUGCUGCAAAUCCCUGGGAUACCUCUGCCUCUGGAUGAGCAUCUCUGCAAGGCAAGUUGAAACCUGGGGCCAUCUGCCUCUUGCUGACCCUCUGCAAGCCCCUCCCUCUCUCUCUCUGCCUCACCUCUGUCUCCACUCUCUGUUAAUCCAGCUGGUCAGAGUUCAAAGGAGCUGCUUGGAGCUGCGACCGCCACUGCUAGGCUCAAUCGUUGCUUUUCAGCUUCCACGGCUGCUGCGGAGAUGAAUGGCAAAGCUCUUCUCUCUGUGCUCCUCCUGGCCUUGGUUGUGAUUUUUGCCUUGGUUUGCGUCUUGUUGACCAGAGGCGGAAAAACCACCCGGUGCGGUUACCAGACGCGGAGCUUCCCGGAGCAUCUUCACGGCGACUGGAGCCAGGUGUUUGCAGAUCUGUCACAGGAGGAAAUGGCCCGUGUGGCGCGGUACCUGAAGUCCAACCUUGGGGCAACUUUGGAAGAUGCUUCGCAGGCAAGACCCUCUGACAACUGCAUUUAUUCCAUUGACUUGCAGUUGCCACCCAAAGCGGAGUCCCUCGCGUUCCUGGAUCACGGAGGAAUCCGCCCUCCUAGGCAGGCGCUGGCUGUGGUGUAUUUUGGAAACCAGCCCGCUCCGAAUGUCACUGAGUAUGUGGUGGGACCUCUCCCAGAGCCGACCUAUCACCAGGAUGUGACGGUGCAGAAAUAUGGAGGGCAGCUGCCUUAUUAUCGCAGGCCCCCGCUGGACGCCGAAUACAAGCAGAUGGCACGCUUUCUGCAUGGGGUGGCGUUCCCCACAGCUCCGAGUUUCAUGCAGCAGGUCUUGGACUAUGACGGGACCAACCUGGCCGCAAUGACCACCUCUCCGCGGGGACUGAAGUCUGGAGAUCGCUCAACUUGGCUCGUCCUGUUCCAGAACGUCACUGGCUACUUCUUACACCCAGUUGGGCUGGAGGUGCUGCUGGAUCACAGCAGCUCGGACCUCUCCCUCUGGGCUGUGAAGAAAGUGUUUUACGGCGGCCAGUAUUUCCGGGACUUGGCAGAGCUGGAGAGAGAAUUUGCCGAGGGGCAUCUGCAAGUGGAGAAGGUGCAGAGGGUCCCGGCUGAAGGGGGUUUUGCUUCGUUGAAGCCUAAUGUUUCCUCCGCUGGGCCGGCGGGCCCUGUGAGUUACGAGCCUCACGGGCUACGUUACAGCGUGAGGGGCAACCAAGUCCUUUCCUCCUUCUGGAGUUUUGCCUUCAGGAUGGACGUGAGCAGGGGACCGUGUCUCUUUGACAUCCGGUUCAAAGGCCAAAGGGUUGCCUAUGAGCUCAGUGUGCAGGACACCAUGUCGGUCUACGGGUCCAACAGCCCUGGGGGGAUGUCAAUCCGCUACAUGGACGGGAGCUUUGGCAUUGGCAGGCUCACCUUCCCCCUGGUUCGAGGCGUCGACUGCCCUUAUUCUGCAACCUACCUUGACAUUCACUCUCUAGCUCAAGCGGAAAGGCCCCUGGUCACCCGCGACGCCCUGUGUGUAUUUGAGCAGGACCUGGGUGCUCCGCUCCGGCGCCAUUACUCCCACCUUCGUCCCAUCUACUACGGGGGGCUGCCUGCCACCGCACUGGUCUUCCGCUCGGUGUCGAGCAUAGGCAACUACGACUACAUCUGGGAUUUUGUCUUCCACCCCAAUGGGGCCAUUGAAAGCAAAGUCCGAGCCUCGGGUUAUAUCAGUUCCUCUUUCCUCUAUGGCAACGGGCUAGAUUACGGGAACCGGGUUGGGGACCACACUCUGGGGAACAUCCACACCCACUUCGUCGGCUACAAGGUGGACCUGGAUGUUGGUGGUGUUCAAAAUUCCUUGGUAGCCAACGACAUGACUUUUGAAAAAGUGAAGGUCCCUUGGAGCCCGGAACAUGAGAUCAACCGGAUGAAACUGGUGAAGAAAGUCUUAGAGACGGAAGACAAGGCUGCCUUUCGCUUACACGACGACAUGCCAAGAUACAUAUAUUUUGCAUCAAAGAGCAAGAACAAAUGGGGCCAUAAUCGUGGCUACCGGAUCCAGCCCAUCAGCUUUUCUGGGGACCACCUUCCAGAGACGGAUCCAAUGGAGAGAGCUAUCAGUUGGGGCAGGUAUAAGCUGGCUGUCACCAAGCGCAAGGAGGAGGAACCAUAUAGCACCAGCAUCUAUAACCAGAAUGACCCCUGGACACCUUCCGUUGCCUUUGCUGACUUCAUAGAUAAUGAGACGAUUGUCAAUGAGGACCUGGUUGCCUGGAUUACCACGGGCUUCUUGCACAUACCACAUGCAGAGGACGUCCCCAACACGGUGACACUUGGGAAUGCAGUUGGCUUCCUCCUGAGGCCCUACAACUAUUUUGAUGACGAUCCCUCCAUCUAUUCCCCAGAUGGCGUUUUCUUCACCAGUGAACAGGACCCGACUUCCUGUGACGUCAACCACCUUGCAUGCCUGCCGAAAACAGCUGCAUGCUUACCCAACCUCCCGCCUUUCACUUACGAGGGCUUCCAGAACCUGACAAGGCUCUGAGAAGCUCUUGACUAUGGGUGGGUGGUUGGCGGAGGGAUCCGUGUGGGCAACUCGGCGUGAAAUUAGUAUGUAACCAGGGCAGUUACGCCCAAGCAAUUAUCUCCCUGUCUAUUAUCUUUCAGCCCAAAUCUUAAGCCUUGCUUGCGUGUAUUGGACAAGUUUGGACUAAUUAUACUUGCACUCCCAGACACAUUGCUCAACUGAAAUUUACCCUUUUCACCAGUCACCUAAACGCUCAUAUAUCUUUUUUCCUUUCUGGAGAUCUCAAUAAGUGUAAUUACCCCCUGGACUGGCUGGCUUUUAACAGCAAUUCUCCCUCCAAAAGGAACGGUGUAGGCUGCAAUUCUGGGAAUUGGAUUGGCGAUUUUUAACAAAGAAGUCUUAGCACCUUCACCAAACUGCGAUUCCUGUAGUUACACUGAUGUAAAUCAGGUCUGAGUUUGCAGCGAAGAUCUGCUUGUCUGCUUUCUUACUAGCAAUCUGGGACUCUCCGUGAAUCGAAAGGUAGUGACAGACACAGUACUCCGGGAGAAACUGGCAUGUCUUCUUUAACCAUGAUAUGAGUCUGACCAUGUCAUGACUUUACACAGAUUGCUUUACAGUAUUCUUGCACAGCUGAUAUUCUCUCCCAUCCAGCCCAGUGCAUUUAGGUGAGAUGCCCAUCUUUAAGAUAAAAUAAAAGAAUUAAGAGCACAAGUCUUCUGUAAUUUCAGUAAUAUUUUCCUUUUUUAAAAAAAAAUGAAAUUGAGAGAGGGGGUGUGUGGGACCGUGUGGUUGCUUUGUUUAUUUUUUAAAAAAAUUGUUUCAGUGGGCUGGGUAAUCAGCACUACCAACAGCCAGCUUUUGCUAUAACUUGCAAAAAAACUUCUCUUUUUAGCUCAACCCUAGAGGGAGAGAAAAGCGUAUCUACCUGCAACAGAUGAGAUAGAGCACUUCAAAACCGGUACCACUGCCCUACCAAUGUGUGGCAUCAUCAGGACACAAGUGGGGGGGGGGGGAGAAGGCAUAACCUCAAAAUAAUGUUGCCAUGCACAGGAAACUUUAAUUCAAGGUGUAAAAUGUCCAGUGUGUUUCAGCUGCUGCGAUACUCCCAAAAAGGCCUCAUUUCCCCCUGAAGGUGUAACCUGAAACACCACAAGCAUUUUAAACCUUGCGUUAAAGCUUCCUAUUCAUCUCAUCUCAGCACCGUUUUGAGGUUCUACCUCCUUUUUUGAUCGCUUGCAGUCAGUGCUACUUUUCUAGAAAAAGAGAGUUUUCCAUCAUAGAGUUUCAGCUGGAAAAAAAGCCCUGCUUGCAGUUGCAAAUUCCUUUCCCCCCCCCAAAAAAAUAAUUUUUAUUCGCUUUCCAAAAAUAACAUUACAAAAGCAAAAACACACACCAAAAACAAAAAAAUAACCAUAAUAAAAAGAAAACAAAAACAAAACAUAAAAAAGAUCAUUUGUUACAUUUUACUUAACAUUGUUGACUUCCUCGAUUCCCCUCUCACUGGGUCCAUUUUAGAAUUCCAUUUAGGCAGUUUCCAUCUUAUAUCUUAAUUCUAUCUGAUACCUUUUAUCAUUAUCUUUCAAUUAUUCUAUUCUAAAAACAUCCAACUAUAUUCCACCAAUAAUCUCAAUCAAAAAAUUUAUUUCCCAACCUUCGACCUUCUAUUUUUCCCUUUAGCCUAAAUUUUAUUACCAAAGAUUUCCCCUAAAUUCCAAUAGAAAUUCUUAUAUCAUGAUAGCAUUUUACCCUUAAAAUUGAUACGACCCCCCCCUUUCCGCUGGGCUCAGGGUCUCCCAGAUGUUUCAGCGAGUUCCAUAAAUCGUUCCCGUUUUGGACCAUUCAAAUCCAUCAAUAAAAUUUGCAUUCAUUAAUGAAUGCAGUUGCAGAUUCCUUAAGUGGAACUAUAGCUGUGUUUCUGUGUUCAUGUUUUUGCUUCAUUUGAUGAAGCCCAGCCACUGGUAUGUUUUGACACCUCAGCAGUGUAAGAUGAAGGUUCUUGGCAGACACUGUGAACUAGAAAAAAACUGUACCUCUCUCUGAGCAAAUUAACAAAUAAACAAACAACAAGCCGCACUCUUAAGCCUCCUUUGUCCAAAGUACUGUGUUGGGGUGUGUGUGUGUGAACAUGGCUCCAAGGCUUGGGGAGCUCAAUAUUGCUACUUAUUUAAUCAUUCGUCUGUUCAGAAGAUGCAUACUGCUUAACAUUUUUUGGCAGUAAACUAAAAUCCCCAAGUAGUUUGCAGAAAUUAUAAAAGCAAAACACAAAUAGGUCAGAAUACAAUAAAUACAUUUUAAGUCCGGAAUUUAAAACAAGUCCACAACUGAAUUUCAGUAGCUAAAGUUUAGCUGGUCCUCAAGAGGGUCUGUGCGGGGGACAGGCCUGAGAAAGCCCUGUUCCUUCAUAUUUGGCUUUUUCAAAUUUCAGAAUCAUGUGCCUUAUUUUUGGUGCUGCUUGUUUUCUGCAAGUGACCGGAGAUGCGCCAUGUUUUAGGCAGGCAGCUAUCCAAGGCUGUGUGAAUUAGACCUAUGGUGGUGGUUGGAAAAGUACACUGAGUGUGUUACGGAUUCCAGGUUUACAAUGUCCCAAAUCACCAGCACACAUUUGGAGCAGUUCCUAAGAAGCCGUUUCAUUUCCCACUGAGUAACAGGAAAGUGCUUUUCAGGUACAUUAUAUAACCCUGUUUCCUUCAUUGCAGCCCCAUUUUGAAAUGUGUUGCUCUUGCUCAGAAACCCAGUUGUUGUUUUUUUUUAAAUCAAGGAACUGAGAGUUCCAUAGACAACCCACCACGAUGAAACAGCUAGCCCAACAGUAAACUGAACACAUAUUCUUAUGGGGUGAGUGC